AUGGGCUCCUAUAGUCUCCUGGGGCAUCGCUUGAGUGGAUCGCGUAGCUUUAGGCAAUUGCCUAGUUCAAGAAUUAAGCCUGGAUCUCCUGUUCCCAUCAAGACCAAUGACCCAGGUGUUCAGAAAGCAGCUAGGUAUGGCGUUUACACAUACAACAAUAGUUCCAAUGACAUCUUUCUGUUCAAAGAAUCUCGCAUAAACAAAGCCAUGGUGCAGAUUGUGAGAGGGCUGAAAUACAACCUUGAUGUCAAUAUUGCCCGGACAGUAUGCACCAAGAGGCAACACCCCACCUUGGACCAAUGCCGAUUUCAGAAGCACAAGAAACUGAGACAAUUGAUAUAA